CAAAAAUCGCCACAUGUCCAAUUGCCUUCUUCUCCAAAUAAAAACGAGCGUCGAAUCCACGCUACGGCCACAAGCCGGGCUCCUAUAUAGUAUAUACAUAUGAAGUACAAUCCUCGCAAGCAUAAAAAACCAGAGACCAGACUCCAUAAAUCAACUCAGUUAAACGGGAGCAAUGCAGUCAUUGCAAGAGAAAGCCUCCGAGUGGAGUGGAGUUGACUCUGCUGACGCUUUUGCUAUUGACAACACUAACUUGUUUCAAAAGCUUGGCCUUCAAACUUUCAUCAACCUCUCCACAAAUUUUUAUAACAGGGUUUAUGACGAUGAAGAAGAGUGGUUUAGAUCCAUAUUUGUGAAUUCUAAGAAAGAAGAAGCCAUUCAGAAUCAGUAUGAGUUUUUUGUGCAGAGAAUGGGAGGGCCUCCUUUGUAUUCUCAAAGGAAAGGUCAUCCUGCUCUAAUUGGACGCCAUCGACCGUUUCCUGUCACACACCAAGCUGCAGAGAGGUGGUUACAUCACAUGCAGAAGGCAGUGGACAGCACCUCAGAUAUCGACGACGACUCAAAAAUCAAAAUGAUGAACUUUUUCAGGCAUGAAUUCCACCAAAUUACUUCUUUGCCAAUUCUAAUUAAACCCAUCUCAAAUAGCAUUAUAGUUCUCGUCAUUUUUUUUGCUUCAUGGUGAUGAGAGAUUGUGUACAUUCUUCUGCUCUUUAGGCACACCGCAUUCUUUCUCGUGGCUGGAGAUGAAUUGAAGAAUCAAAAUGGGCGUGUUCCUUGUAAGCAUGGCGCCAGCAAAUGAGCUGCUGUGUAAAGAAAGGAUUCAUCGUGACAAAACAAUGGAGAUACCAAUUCUUUUCAAAGCUCUUAACGAUAUCACAGCUGUCCAAAGGCAAACUUUCCUACAGUAUUUAUCAAUAAAUUUCGGCAUUUGCAGUUACAUUUAUUCGUGUUCUGAUGCAAAUGCAAAACUUUAGUGAACUUCAUGUAGUUUAUCAUUAGCUUAGCUGUAAUAGAAGAGUUAAGACUGUAACCUAGACUCUCUGAAACUCGGAACCGACGGAACUCGGAACUCGGGAUACAAAGGGAACCAAGUUUUGAUUGAUGUAUUAGAAAAUCUUCUAAUUCGCCAAAA